AGUAGCCAGACAUGAGCUGUGAGGGUCAAGCACAGCUAUCCAUCAGAUGAUCUACUUUCAGCUUUCCUGAGUCCCAGGCAAUAGAAGACAGGUGGCUCUACCCUUGGCCAAGGGUGGGUGUGGCAGUGGUGUCUGCUGUCACUGUGCCUUCAUUGGCCCCCAGCAAUCAGACUGAACAGACGGAGCAACUGCCGUCCGAGGCUCCUGAACCAGGGCCAUUCACCAGGAGCAUGGGGCUCCCUGAUGUCCAGCUCUGGCUGGUGCUGCUGUGGACACUGGUGCAGGCACAGGGGACAGGGUCUGUGUGUCCCUCCUGUGGGGGCUCCAAACUGGCACCCCAAGCAGAACGAGCUCUGGUGCUGGAGCUAGCCAAGCAGCAAAUCCUGGAGGGGUUGCACCUGACCAGUCGUCCCAGAAUAACUCAUCGUCCAUCCCAGGCAGCGCUGACCAGAGCCCUCCGGAGACUACAGCCAGGGAGUGUGGCUCCAGGGAAUGGGGAGGAGGUCAUCAGCUUUGCUACUGUCACAGACUCCACUUCAGCCUACAGCUCCCUGCUCACCUUUCACCUGUCCACUCCUCGGUCCCAUCACCUGUACCAUGCCCGCCUGUGGCUGCACGUGCUCCCCACCCUUCCUGGCACUCUUUGCUUGAGGAUCUUCCGAUGGGGACCAAGGAGGAGGCACCAAGGGUCCCGCACCCUUCUGACUGAGCACCACAUCACCAACCUGGGCUGGCAUGCCUUAACUCUGCCCUCUAGUGGCUUGAGGGGUGAGAAGUCUGGUGUCCUGAAACUGCAACUAGACUGCAGACCCCUAGAAGGCAACAACAGCACAGUUACUGGACAACCAAGGCAGCUCCUGGACACAGCAGGACACCAGCAGCCCUUCCUAGAGCUUAAGAUCCGAGCCAAUGAACCUGGAGCAGGUCGGGCCAGGAGGAGGACCCCCACCUGUGAGCCCGCGACCCCCUUAUGUUGCAGGCGAGACCAUUAUGUAGACUUCCAGGAACUGGGAUGGCGGGACUGGAUACUGCAGCCCGAGGGGUACCAGCUGAAUUACUGCAGUGGGCAGUGCCCUCCCCACCUGGCUGGCAGCCCGGGCAUUGCUGCCUCUUUCCAUUCUGCCGUCUUCAGCCUCCUCAAAGCCAACAAUCCUUGGCCUGCUAGUACCUCCUGCUGUGUCCCUACUGCCCGAAGGCCCCUUUCUCUCCUCUACCUGGAUCAUAAUGGCAAUGUGGUCAAGACGGAUGUGCCAGAUAUGGUGGUGGAGGCCUGUGGCUGCAGCUAGCAAGAGGACCUGGGGCUUUGGAGUGAAGAGACCAAGAUGAAGUUUCCCAGGCACAGGGCAUCUGUAGCUGGAGGCAUCAGAUUCCUGAUCCACACCCCAACCCAACAACCACCUUGCAGUAUGACUCACUUGACCCCUAUGGGACCCAAAUGGGCACUUUCUUGUCUGAGACUCUGGCUUGUUCCAGGUUGGCUGAUGUGUUGGCAGAUGGGUAAAGCAUUUCUUCUAAAGGGGUCUACCCAGAAAGCAUGAUUUUCCUGCCCUAAGUCCUGUAAGAUGUCAGGGACUAGGGAGGGAGGGAGGGAAGGCAGAGAAAAAUUAGCCUCUCCCAAGAUGAGAAAGUCCUCAAGUGAGGGGAGGAGGAAGCAGAUAGAUGGUCCAGCAGGCUUGAAGCAGGGUAAGCAGGCUGGCCCAGGGUAAGGCCUGUUGAAGUGCCUUAAGGGAGGGUCAAGAGGGAGAUGGGCAAGGCGCUGAGGGAGGAUGCUUAGAGGACCCCCAGAAACAGGAGUCAGAAAAGAGAGGUACUAAGCCUAAGAAGUUCCCUGGUUUUUCCCAGGGGACAGGACCCACUGGGAGACAAGCAUUUAUACUUUCUUUUUUCUUUUCUUUUUUUUUUUUUGAGACGGAGUCUCACUCUGUCAUCAGGCUAGAGUGCAGUGGCACGAUCUCGGCUCUCUGCAACCUCCGCCUCCCAGUUUCAAGUGAUUCUCCUGCCUCAGCCUUCCGAGUAGCUGGGAUUACAGGUGCCCACUAAUUUUUGUAUUCUUAGUAGAGACGAGGUUUCAACAUGUUGACCAGGAUGGUCUCGAUCUCUUGACCUCGUGAUCCACCCGACUUAGCCUCCCAAAGUGCUGGGAUUACAGGCGUGAGCCACUGUGCCCGGCUUAUACUUUCUUAAUAAAAAGGAGAAAGAAAAUCAACAAAUGUGACUCAUAAAGAAGGGUUCAGGUGAUGGUCCGGAGCAACAGUUCUCCAAGUGUGUUCCGUAGGCUUCUGGGAGGUCCCUCUUCAGGGGUGUCCACAAAGUCAAAACUAUUUUCAUAAUAAUAUUAAUAAGUUAUUUGCCUUUUGAAUUCUCAUUAUCUUAAAAUUGUGCAGUGGAGUUUUCCAGAGGCUGUGUGACAUGUGAUUACAUCAUCUUUCUGACAUCAUUGUUAA